AUGACGUUCAACUCUAUAUAUCACACAUGGGGAAAAAAGGCUGAUGCUUGGUUGGGUGCUGCCCCAGACUUGCCAGACACAGACAACACCAACACAGCCUUCUCUGUGAACUGCCGUGUGGAUAUCGUACAGAUUCUGCUGUUUGCCGUGUCCCUUGUGACACGCACCUGGCAGCUCACGCUGCCCAGAGCUGUAGUGUUUGAUGAACUACAUUUCAGCAAGUUUGUGUCCCUCUAUGUGCAGAAGAUAUUCUUCUUUGAUUAUCAUCCUCCAUUAGGCAAGAUGCUUCUGGCAGCAGUUGCAUCUUAUGUUGGUUACCAUGGAAACAUAGACUUCGACAGAAUUGGAGCAGAAUAUCCACCAGACAUGCCAGUAUAUCAACUCCGCCUUGUGUCGGCCAUAUUUGGUAGUCUACUUGUACCACUCACCUAUCAGAUUGCUGUGGAGGCGGGGCUGUCUCAGUGGGCAGGACUUUUCGCUGGAGGCAUGGUUCUGUUUGAUAAUGGUCUGCUGACUCAGUCACGGUUCAUCCUCCUGGACUCUGCCCUGUUUUUCUUCAUACUGAUGUCUUUGCUGGGGCUGCUGAAGUUCAGGAGAUGCUACAACAGACCAUUUUCAGUGAGAUGGUUUGUGUGGCUCAUCUUGACGGGUGCCUCAUUAGGAUUUGCUGUAAGCACCAAGUAUGUGGGAUUUUUUACGGCGCUGAUUGUCAUAUAUGUGAUAGCAAAAGAUUUCUGGGAGAUGCUUGCGUACAAAGAUAUAUCAGAUGUGUGCCUCUUAGAACACCUUUGUGCCAGAGCAGGUGCUCUCAUCGUUUUACCUGCCAUCAUUUACCUGUCCGUCUUUUAUGUUCAUCUGUGUACGUUAACAAGGGCAGGCCCUCAUGACAACAUUAUGAGUAGUGCCUUCCAGGCCAGUUUGGAGGGAGGUUUAGCAGCCAUCACCAAAGGCCAGCCCCUACAGGUGUCGUACGGCUCGCAGAUCACCCUGCGUCACACGUACGGCCGCCCCUGCUGGCUGCACUCUCACACUCACGUCUACCCUAUCCGUUACCCUGACAACCGUGGCAGCAGUCACCAGCAGCAGGUCACGUGCUACAGCUUCAAGGACAUUCAGAACUGGUGGAUCGUCAAACAUCCAAACAGGGAUACGAUUACAAUAGAAGGAACACCUCGGCCUGUCAGACAUGGAGACUUGAUACAGCUGGUGCAUGGCAUAACACGCAGAGCCCUCAAUAGUCAUGAUGUAGCCGCCCCGCUCAGCCCGCAGUGUCAGGAGGUCAGCUGUUACAUUGACUACAACGUCUCCAUGCCCGCUCAGUACCUGUGGAAAGUUGACAUUGUAAAUCGUGCAGAUGACAGGGAGGUUUGGCAGACAAUAAAGAGCAAUGUACGUCUUGUACAUGCCAACACGUCUUAUGCUCUUAAGGUGAGUUGGAAGCAGUUACCUGAGUGGGGAUUCAACCAGCUGGAGGUAGUCACUGAUAAACACAUCAAUCAGCAGGACACUGUCUGGAAUGUGGAGGAACAUCGGUAUACAACUACUGAAUCAGAAGACCCAGCCAAAGAGCUGAGCAAAGCCCCGCUAAUCCCUCUCCAGCCUACACAGUUGUCCUUCUGGGAGAAGUUUUGGGAAGUACAGCUUAAGAUGAUCCAACCUCGCCCUGGAGAUGCAGAUGCGAUUAGUGAACACAAGUACAGCUCAUCCCCCUUGGAAUGGCCGCUGAUGACGCGUAACAUUGCAUACUGGUUAAGUCCAACCAGUAACGCUCAGGUCCACUUUCUGGGAAACCCGGCAGUUUGGUACACAGUAGCCGUAGCUUUGUUUCUUUACUUGGCCAUUCUUACCUUCUAUCUACUAAGACAAAGAAGAGCUGUCUAUGAUAUACCGAAAAAGGAAUGGUCCCGGUUUGUAUUUGCUGGGGAGAUCUUUCUGGGUGGAUAUUUCCUGCAUUACCUCCCUUUCUUCCUGUGUGACAGCACAUUGUUCUUGUACAACUAUCUGCCAGCGUUACUUUACGGGAUUUUGCUGGCGGCCGCCUUGGUGGACCACUUCAUCCGAGUCACCACAGGGAUUGCUGCCUUCAGACCAUGCAGUGUCGUUGUCAUGACGACCCUCUCUGCCAUUGUGAUCUGGAGUUUCUGUCAACUUUCCGUGUUCACGUACGGCUCAACACAGCUCAGCCCUAAUGAGAUCAAACAGCUACAGUGGCUGGAAUCCUGGGACUUCAUUGUUCAUAAACCCUAGUCAUGUUACUGCUUGUUGGAGAUCUGAAUCCUGGGACUUCAUCAGUCAUAAGGUAUAGGCAUGCUAUUGAAGGAAACUUGAAUUCUGGGACUUCUUCGUUCAUAAACCCUAGUCAUGUUACUACUUGUUGGGGAUCUGAAUCCUGGGACUUCAUCAGUCAUAAGGUAUAGGCAUGCUAUUGAAGGAAACUUGAAUUCUGGGACUUCUUCGUUCAUAAACCCUAGUCGUGGUACUGGUUGUAAGAAACCUGAAUCCUGGGACUUCAUCAGUCAUAAGGUAUAGGCAUGCUAUUGAAGGAAACUUGAAUUCUGGGACUUCUUCGUUCAUAAACCCUAGUCAUGUUACUACUUGUUGGGGAUCUGAAUCCUGGGACUUCAUCAGUCAUAAGGUAUAGGCAUGCUAUUGAAGGAAACUUGAAUUCUGGGACUUCUUCGUUCAUAAACCCUAGUCGUGGUACUGGUUGUAAGAAACCUGAAUCCUGGGACUUCAUCAGUCAUAAGGUAUAGGCAUGCUAUUGAAGGAAACUUGAAUUCUGGGACUUCUUCGUUCAUAAACCCUAGUCGUGGUACUGGUUGUAAGAAACCUGAAUCCUGGGACUUCAUCGUUCAUAAGCUCAUGCUACUGAAGAAAACUUGAAUUCUGGCACUUCAUUGUUCAGAAGCCUUAGUCAUUCCACUAAUUGUAGGAAAAUUUUUUUUCAUGUAAGAGUGUCUCUCCAUUGAAUUUUAAUUACCAUGCUCAAGACUGGUCAGAGUUUGUUGACAAAGAAAAAUUGUAGUUCUGGUAUAAAAUUAAAUUUUUAGCUUUUAACAUUGUUGCAAGAAAAUGAUGUUUGGGUUAAAUUUGAAAGUUACUAGUCAUAAGUGAUAUUCUGGGCUUGCAGUUAAAUUACUCUUUGUUUGUAAUAAUAAUCGUGCAAUCUUAAUAUUUGCUCAACACAAAUUUGUAAUGUAAUGAGAGGAGAUACAAGUAUUGAGUCAUUAUGACAUGUGUCAUGAAUGUUUUAUGGACAUAUCUGUGAUGUUUGUAA